AUGGCGAACAUAUUCGUAGUAGCGCGUCCAGCAACCAUCCGGUCCGAUUCAACUGACCACAAAGUUACGAUCGAAAUCAUGGAUAUGAGCCCAAAAAUGUUUUAUGAGUUGAUACCAUCGAAAAGCACCAAUGUUUACUUGAAUGCUUCCUGCGCAAACGAAUCCAAAAAGCCGUUUCUUGCUGGCGAAGCAGCUAUAUUUUUCGACAAUAGUUUCAUUUCGAAGAAUCACCUGAAAGCUGUUUUUCCUGGCGAACGUUUCCAGUGUUCGUUAGGUGUUGAUCCCGCUGUGAAAGCUGAAUAUAAACCAGUACAUAAAUACACCGAACAGGAGUCUUUUGGCACUUUGCUGGCGCGAGCAGUAUCAACAAUACACGAGCAGAAGAUCGUUCUCAAAAAUCUGAAACCUACAAGUAUUCUGAUUACCGUAAGAGAGCAUAUACCGAAAACUACGGACGAGAAAAUCAAGAUAAGUUUACUUUCUCCGGAACUGGACAAGAAGAGUGCUGGUGAUCAGAGUUCGAGCACUGGAGAACCCACAGUUGGUGUUCGUUUGGAUGCUAAUCACAAUCUAGAAUGGACAUUACAACUUGAUGCAAACCAGGAAGAAGAGCUAACCGUGAAGUGGUCAAUGGAACAUCCAACCGGACAAACUGUUAAGUUCCGUGAGACGGUUUCUGAACCGAAAGCUGUCGUCGCUGCUGCUCCGAGUCUUGUUCUACGAAGGGUUGCUGCAACACAAAAGUUGUUGCGUGUUGCGCCGGAAACCUGUAGCUUUGAGAAUUGCUGCCAACCGAAAGAUUGCUCCGAGGCAGGUCCUCGUUGA